AUAUAGUCAGUUGAUGUCAGCUGAAUGCCAGUCUCUUCAGAAAAGCUCAGCUCCCAGUUUGAGUUAGAGUAGGGACCAUGCUGUCCCAGGUUCAAGGAUAAAAACCAUCAGGCCCAAGUGCCAUCCAUAGCCCAUCUCCAGAGUCUUCCUUCACAAACUGGGAUUCAUCCCUGCUGAAAAGCACAAUCUAACAGCAAGGGAACAAAAAAAAAACCAUGCUAUCACAUAAUACUAUGGUGAAGCAGAGGAAACAGCAAGCAACAGCCAUCAUGAAGGAAGUCCACGGAAAUGAUGUUGACAGCAUGGACCUUGGCAAAAAGGUCAGCAUCCCCAGAGAUAUCAUGUUGGAAGAAUUAUCCCAUCUUAGUAACCGUGGUGCCAGGCUAUUUAAGAUGCGUCAAAGAAGAUCUGACAAAUACACAUUUGAAAAUUUCCAGUAUGAAACUAAAGCACAAAUAAACCACAGUAUUGCUAUGCAGAACGAGAAACUGGAUGGAAGCAACUUGGAAGGUGGUUCACAGCAAGCCCCCUUGACUCCUCCCAACACCCCAGAUCCACGAAGCCCUCCAAAUCCAGACAACAUUGCACCAGGAUAUUCUGGACCACUGAAGGAAAUUCCUCCUGAAAAAUUCAACACCACAGCUGUCCCUAAGUACUAUCAGUCUCCCUGGGAGCAGGCCAUUAGCAAUGAUCCGGAGCUUUUAGAGGCUUUAUAUCCUAAACUUUUCACGCCUGAAGGAAAGGCAGAACUGCCUGAUUACAGGAGCUUUAACAGAGUUGCCACCCCAUUUGGAGGUUUUGAAAAAGCAUCAAAAAUGGUUAAAUUUAAAGUUCCAGAUUUUGAGCUACUAUUGCUAACAGACCCCAGGUUUAUGUCCUUCGCCAAUCCCCUUUCUGGGAGACGGUCCUUUAAUAGGACUCCUAAGGGGUGGAUAUCUGAGAAUAUUCCUAUAGUAAUAACGACUGAACCUACAGAUGACACCACCAUACCAGAAUCAGAAGACCUAUGAAAAGAAAGUUGUAUGUGCCACAUAAAACUCUGAACAUAAAAGUUUCUGUUUUAUUAUUCUAAUUACUGGCAAAGUCACUUGCAUUUUUCAUUAGUAGCAAUAAUAGCAAUUUAGUGAUUCUCCUUUUAUGACAUUCAAUUUCAAUCUUAGAUCAAAUAUUAAUAAACAAUUAGAAAUCUUACUUUAAAAGACUUA